ACGGCUACAAGUCAUGAUUUAACUGCUCAAGAAUCUGAAACAAGAAAUGAGCUGACUCCCAAGACAUCCCCAUAAGCAUAGACAUCACUUUCUCCUUCGUCUUCCUCCUCGUAAGGCCAAUAGUAAACAAACAAAAUGGCGGAAGGCGGAAACGGCGGCUGCAGUGAGGCCACAAUUCCGACCGGAUUGUUUUAUUCAACGGCAAAGCGACCUCGAUUAAGACAUCUACGUCUCGAGGAUCCAGAUGUCAUGUUUGCUGCACUAAAGGAUGGUGACAUGUCCGAGGUCCAAGACGCAGAGCAUGACGUGGAUGACAUGGUUGAGGCUCUUGAAGACGUUUGUGACAAUGAGUGUGAUGCACUAGAGGAGCUCUCGGCUGCCUCCAGCGAUGAAGAAGUUGACAAAGAAACACCGGAGGACAGGUCGUGGUCCAGGAGAGCUUUCAAUAAGCUAGCAGCCACGUAUCAACCUCAAUCAUCUGGUGACGAGAAUGAGAAUAAUCUUGAUGGUCUACCGACCCCGUAUGAGUAUUUUUCUCGGUACGUGCCGAAGAGUGUGUUUGUUGAUCUUGCCGAGAAAACAAACAUGUAUUCUGUUUCUCAAGAGGGAAAAUCCGUUGAAACAAACGAAGAAGAAGUCAGAAAGCUGGUUUCACUGCAUCUAGCGAUGCGUGUCUUUCGUUACCCACGGCUGCGCAUGUACUGGAAGCCGUCACCCAAAACUGAGCUUUUCUCAACUGCAAACAUGUCACGAAACCGGUUCGAGAAGCUCAGAAACUGCUUACACAUUGUUGAUGUGAAUGGAGACCGCAACAGCAAUGAUCGUCUCUGGAAGGUCAGGACACUUUUGGACGCAUUUCGUGAAAGAUGUCUAAACCUGACUUUAGAGGAGCAUCUUUGCAUCGACGAGCAAAUUAUCCCGUUCAAAGGACAGCUAGACAUAAAACAAUACAUCAAAGGGAAACCAAAUCCGUGGGGAGUGAAAGUUUUCAUGUUGUGCGGUGCCUCGGGAAUUAUCUACGACUUCCUCGUUUAUCAAGGCUCAACCACUGAACUUGUUCCAGCAGACAAAAAGGACUUCGGAGUGACCGGAGCAUUCGUCCUCCAUCUUGCGAGGCGAAUACCGGAUGGUACUGGCCACAAGCUUUUUUUUUGA